AUUACAAGCUGGUCACACCAUCGCAGAGCAAUAACAAGCUGUGACGACAUUGCUAUUUUUGUUUUUUGUUUCAUCAGAACUGGAAACGAUGUCGGAUCUCGCCUAUCUGGACACGCUGAACAACAAGCAACUGCUGGCCAAAUGCCUGGAGCUCGGCCUGCCAGGAGUUCCUGUGACAGACAGCACCCGAAACGUCAUCAUCCGCCGGCUGCGAGCGGCGAUCACAGGGACGCCCCUAAACAAAAGCAAGACCAAGAAGGCGACCCCCAGGCGAGAAACUGUUCAUGGAAGCCAUGUGGCACAGCCCACGUCGGAGCCAGUUCGUCGCACUGCAGGUAAAAGUCCAAGUCGUGCUGGCGGCGAGAAAAUCAGCGCUGCAAGUCGCCGGACCAUAGCCUAUGGAUUGGAUAACACAUCGAUUUCUGGAAGAUCUGUGCAAACCACAACCACUGUGUCGGAUGUGGGCUCUCAAUCGGAGGAUGACGACUAUUUUAUGGUAGACUCUCCGAGUGUGCGCUACUCCCAUUCCACGCAAACACCUUCCGAGCAAAAUCGGCUCAGGCGUUCAGUUUCCUUGACAAAAUCCGGAGUGUUGACCACGUCCUAUACUCGGGAAGUGAAUCAGCCGAAUCAGGUUCUGGAGGCUGAAGAGGAUCUGCCCCGUAGUUACACAUAUGAAAGACCAACGAUCCAAACCUCGCCACUACACACAUUGCCCACAUAUGAGCCUCGAAUAGAGCCAUCUACCUAUAGACGCUCUGACCUGGGCUUCUCUCGUCCAGUACUAACUCAGAGCCAGCUUAACUCCACUAGCUACUUGGAGGAAUCCGGAUACAAUCAGGCGCCGUCGCCUAUCCACCCAAGGAACACAUUCAGCGGCUCGGCAAAGCCAUUCGGAGGCCCAGGACCAGAUACAGCUGAACCCAUUUCUCGCCAGCGUCGUCCUAUUACCGAAUUCAGCUCGGCUAGGGGUCGUAUCUUGCAGCCCACCACCACAGUGAACACUCUUUACCCUCAACUUAAUCAGUUCUACGAUCAACCCGACAACGCACACUCAGAAAGCGAGUCUGAAGUAGAGGAAGCUCCUAUCAGAAGCACUCGCCUAUCACCGCCCCAGGCCAGACCCCAAGUUAGAAGACCACUGGUGCGUCGAGAGGAGCACGGUUCGCCGAUGUCACAGUUCAAGGAGCUGGUCAACUCUGUGAACCGGCAGUAUAACCUCAAGUUCUACUUCUUUCUUAUUCUGGGAGUGAUGCUCGCCACGUGUUUUUACGUUAUUAUGACGCCUGGUGAUAGUUAAAGAUGAAAAUUACUACCCUACAUGCCUUAAAAAUGUGGAAGUUGGUUUAUAAUCUCUCAUAACGCUGGUUAAAGGACCUUUUUAAAACUAAGACCCCUUGUGGGUCAAGUCUAGUAACGUAAGUUUGGUAAUAAAAAAAAGUUGUUGGAAAUUGUCAAAUUCAGUUCACUUUGCCAAGUCUUUAAUUGCUUGUUUUGCAUAAUUUUCUUUUUAUACAUAAUUAGAAAAAUGUACUACAUUAUAAUUAUUGUAUUGUAUUAAAUAAACUAAUUAAAUGUAA